UGUUUUAAUGGUUGAUCAAUUCCUCUGUGUGUUAUCUCCACUCUUGCUGUUUUCUGGAAGAUGAAAACAGCUGUCUGAUUGAUUUUGACUUCGAUGCCUUGACUUCGAGGGGUGUUCUACUCCUGGGAUGAUGGUUCUCUCUCUUAUUAUCAUUAUUAUCAUCUACCUGACUGUUCUUCCGUGUGUUUUCUUAAUUUGCGUGCUCCUGUUUGCUAGACAGGGUAUCAUCAUAUAUGCCAGAGAAAGAAAAUCACGAAAAUACUAUACAUGGGAUCGAAUGCUCGGAACGGACGGAUGUCCACCGUCUUCUUUUCUGGGGGAUUGCACUUUGCAAACACCAAACAAUUUAGGGCCAUCGGGAUCGAAAGCCCAAGAAGCCGAUGGGAGGAAUACCGGGCGUCCAGGCCUACGAACAGUCGGGAGAUCAUGGGGGAACGGAACGUCGGUUUAAAUAAUUUCCAAUUUGGGUAUAGAUGAAAUUACCGGAGGGGCCAGUCUACUGACAUGGCGGGCGCCUCCUUUAUCUUAGGG